GGCGUGCAGCGCGCUGCCCAGGGGGCGGGGGCAGUGGAGCCUGUCGCUUCAGGAAGGCGGAAGUGAGGAGGUUGCUCGCGGCGUGAGUGGCUUGCGGCGUCUGAGUUCCCGAACCCGCUGUCUGGUAAAAUAUGGCUAAAAGUUUACGGAGUAAGUGGAAAAGAAAGAUGCGUGCUGAAAAGAGAAAAAAGAAUGCCCCAAAGGAGCUCAGCAGACUUAAAAGUAUUCUUAAAGUAGAUAGUGAUGUUUUAAUGAAAGACGUUCAAGAGAUAGUAACUGUGGUGGAACCUAAACAUUGUCAAGAGAAAACGCAGUGUUUGGUGAAAGAAGAAACAGAUGACAUGAAAAUGGAGACUGAUAUUAAGAGAAACAAAAAGACUCUUCUAGACCAGCAUGGACAGUACCCUAUAUGGAUGAACCAGAGGCAAAGAAAAAGGCUGAAAGCAACUCGAGAGAAAAAGAAGGGGAAGAGCAAAGCAAAAGCCAUGAAGGCAGCGAAGGGUUUGGCCUGGUAGACUCUGCAAAACUUGGAAAACCCCACAUGGGGCUGAUCUUUAAUUUGGAUGUAUACCUUGAUUUCAGCUUCCACCAAAUGAAAACUUGGUUUCCAUUUUUUUAGCUUGGUCUUUUUCUUCAAUUCAAACUCAAUGCAACUCCUCAAAAUUUGUUUCAGUAACCUGAAUAAAAUUUUUUUUUUUGAUGAA